ACGGCGUUUGCAUUAAACUCUCCGACCGGCCGAUCUUUCAACUCGUUUGUCUUCUCUGCUCAGUUCAGCCCCAACUCAAACUCCAUCAUGGUGUCAAUGGGACGACAGAUGCUGGGCUUCGUCCUGGCCGUCAUCGGCUUCCUCGGGACCAUCGUCACCUGCGCACUACCCAUGUGGAAGGUCACGGCCUUCAUCGGCGCCAACAUCGUGACGGCGCAGAUCAUCUGGGAAGGCCUGUGGUUGAACUGCGUGACGCAGAGCACGGGCCAGAUGCAGUGUAAGAUCUACGACUCGCUGCUGGCGCUGCCGCAGGACCUGCAGGCCGCCCGGGCGCUGGUGAUCGUCGCCAUCAUCGUCUCCGCCAUGGGGAUCCUCCUGGGCAUCGCCGGAGGAAAGUGCACCAACUUCGUUGAGGAGCCGCGCGCCAAAGUCAGGGUGGCCAUCGCGUCCGGGGUGGUCUUCAUCUGCGCCGGGGUUCUGGUGUUGGUUCCCGUGUGCUGGUCCGCCAACACCAUCAUCAUGGACUUCUACAACCCGGUAUUGACCAACGCCCAGCGGCGGGAACGCACAGCGAUGGCCUCCAUGGGGUUGCAGAUGGCCGGUUGUGCCUUGGCGCUCUUCGGUUGGAUCGGGGUUCUCAUCGCCUGCGCUGCACCCAUGUGGCGGGUCACGGCCUUCAUCGGCAGCAACAUUGUGACCUCGCAGAUCAUGUGGGAGGGCAUCUGGAUGAGCUGCGUGGUGCAGAGCACCGGCCAGAUGCAGUGCAAGGGCUACGACUCCAUGCUGGCGUUGAGCAAUGACCUUCAGGGCGCCAGAGCUUUGGUGGUGGUUUCCAUCGUCGUCGGCAUUGUGGGACUCCUGAUUGCUUUCGUCGGGGGAAAGUGCACAAACUUCAUUCCGGAGGAGAAGGUCAAGGCCAAGGCCUCGGUGGCUGCAGGAGCCGUCCUGAUCGUCAGCGGAGUCCUCUGCCUCGUUCCCGUUUCCUGGACGGCCAGCAUCAUCAUCCAGGACUUCUACAACCCUCUGGUGGUGGAGGCGCAGAAACGAGAGAUCGGGGCGUCCCUGUACAUCGGCUGGGGCGCCGCGGCGCUGCUGACCCUGGGAGGGGGGCUUCUGUGUGCCAGCUGCCCCCCAAACAAGGAAACCGCCCCCUCUGUGAAGUAUCUGCUGAACAGGUCGGGAGGAAACAGCAAAGGAGAAUCAUACCGAUCAUCCUCGCUGACGAAGACGUAUAUUUGAGACGAACUGGAAUUCAUACUGCAAAAACACAAAAUCUUACCAAAUAUUUUUGGUCUAGUUUCUACUGGAUUUAUCUCAGUACACUUGAAAUAGGACAAAACUAACUUACAUGCAACUUUGCAUCAGAUAUAGGAGCUAGUUUUAAGUAAAUAAUUCCCUAAUAUAGAUUUUUAAAAGCACUAUUUCCACUUUCACCUGAAGCAAGACAUUUUCCCAAGUUAGAAGUGAAAUAAUCUGCCAAUGCAACUAGAGCUUAAAUAACCUAAACAAGCUUCUGUAUCUUUCUGAAAAGUUACUUUUAAGUUAGUUUUAUCUUAUUUCAAGUGUACUAACACGCUAUAAACCCAACCAAAAAUUCUUGGUAAGAUUUUAGGUUUUUGCAGUGAAGGACGACAUUGAAGCAGCAUGAAGAAAAACAAACAAACAAAAAAAUCAAACCUGUGUUACUUUUGCAUUAAAACAAGUUUAGUUUUAAGUUGUACAGUUCUAUAUUUUUAUUCAUGUU